AUGGCAGCAACAUCAAAUGCAGAUGCCGCAUUGGCCCAUGGCAUUGGCACAGAUUCCCACUUUUGGAUCUGCCAUUUGGAAGAUUGCCCACUCAGGAGAGUCUACCUGUACUUAGAAUCUCCCACCACCGUCAAUCUCGAGAUCAAUCAAGGUCCUUCAGAGGCCAACCCACAGCCGAACCACGAAGAAAAGGAAAUCAAUGCAGACAACAAUACUGUCACCGAGUUUUCUGACGAAGAAGAAAAUGAAGGGGGCAUUUUUGGUUUUUUCCACAAACUCUAUAGUGGAGCUCGCUCUGUUCUUCUGAAUACUAAUAUUUGUAACGUUUCGGACACCAGUACAGGAGACGAAAGGAGCAAUUCGGGAUCCCUUGGCAGUGAGGAAGAAUCCCCAAAAAAUGUGACCCAUGUCGGAGAGAGCGUUGCACCUGAUGCACACUUCCUUGACGAAGGACAGAAAAAUGCUGCUUCGAAUCUCAAGACAGAAUCCACUGACAUGGUUCUACAGCAACGUGGGGGCAAAACCAAUCCCUGCAACCACAAGAAGAAGGAUCCUCCAGUCAAUGGUGGUGAGCAUUUUACGGCUGACAGUUACGGAGCCACUGCUGCUGUGGGAGCCACCGGGAUUUGCAGGGAUGCUCCGGCUCGAGUCAACACGGGGACCCAUGCUUCAGGGUUGGUUGCAACCACAACAACAGUUGCUGCUGUAGCAGGAAACGAGGUGGAAACUGCGCACCCCACCAUCCAGAAUGGGACAGAAGGAGUCGAGAAAUUGAACUCUGAAUGCGUGGAACCUACUGUGACUCCAGCUGUGACUGGGGCUCCUCAUACUCAUACUCUUGUCCAACCUCCUCCUCCUGCUGCACCUGCACCUAAUGGUGGAACCGUUGCCGUGGCUGUUCGUCCUGAAGCCGAGUCUCCAGUUGUGGCAGUUGUGGCUGUGCCUCCUCCAGCUCAAGUUGCUGUUUUGCCUCCAACUGUACAGCAACCACCUCCUCCAGCUCCUCCAGCUGGUGUUAGUGCUCUUGGGAAUAAUGAGCUAAUGAUGAUGCUUUUCAAGUCUCAGCAGUCUCAAUUGAAGUCUCAGCAGUCUCAUUUGUCAACACUUCAAUCACUUUUGGACAAGAAAGAUCAAAGCCCAGGCCCAGGUACUGGUACCGGUACCACCGUUCAGCCACAGCAGCACAAUGAUAAAAUUGUGUGGCCCAUGGAAAAAGCACAGGCAAAAUCCCUCCCCCUGCGUACAUGGGGGGAACAAUUUGCGGCAUUGGCAUCAUUCCAUGCAAAGAAUGGGCAUUUCAAUGUUCCAUUUUCUGAUGACAGACGACUACACAAUUGGGUCAAGAAUCUACGCAACUCAACGAGUUUGACUGAGGACAUGAAGACCAAACUUCAUGCCAUUGAAUUCUUCCCCAAGGAACCCGUUGUGGAUCAUCUGGUUGCCAGUCUCCAGCAACGCAACAGUGUCAACAACAACAACAAUAACAUAACAGCAAGAGAGCUGCAAGAUCCUCCAGAGGAACAAAAACGUCACUUCGUGUGCAUUGUUGGCAGCGAUUAUGAAGUGGAAGGAGGAAACCGCGAAGGAAGAAACCGCCAAGGUGGAGCGCCAAAAAACCACUCAACAUGGACCUCAGACGAGAUGGAGUCUGAUGAUGAUGAGGAGAAGGUACACGUACCAAUUUCUCCCAGGGGAGGCACCAGGCAGUGUAAGAGAAAGAGGAAGGUGUCAUCUGCAUCCGCAAGGCCCAAGAAGAAGGGAGCUGGGAGUUCCCGACGACGAUACCGGUAA